AGUUGAUUCAGUUGUGAUCGAGAUCGGAGGAGAAAAGAACAAUGCGGAUGAAGGAGAUGCAUCCGCUAUGUUGUAUAUCAUUGGAGAGUCCAGGCAUCGGCGACCAGUCACCGGAGAUUUCGUUGACUCGAUCUCGGAGCAUGCCGGCGGAGGCUUUAUCCGGAUCUGAAACUGGCAAUGCGGCGAGGUUGACGACGGGAGGGUCCGAAGGUACUGUCGCUGGAAUUCUCUACAAGUGGACUAAUUAUGGGAAAGGAUGGAGAUCCAGGUGGUUUUUGCUUCGUAAUGGAAUGCUGUCUUACUCGAAAAUUCGCCGGUCGGAGAGUCUAAACAUCCCCUCCCCCGAUGAAGUCAGUUGGAUCGGUGAUAUAUCGACCAAUCGGCUUUCGAGGACCGACAGUUGUAGCGGUAGACGGAGGAACCAGAAAACCGUCGGCAUUGUUCAUUUGAAGCAGAUUUCAUCAUUCCGGGAGAGCAAAUCUGAUGAUAGACGGUUUUACAUUUUUACUGCUACAAAGACCCUUCAUUUGAGAACUGAUUCAAAGAAAGAUCGGGUUGCUUGGAUACAAGCUUUGAUAUCAACCAGGAGCAUCCUUCCGCUGAGACCAUUAAAUUAUAAUCUCAACCUUGUACCCCAUGAUUUGUCUAUGUCAACUGAUAGACUCAAGAAACGGUUGCAUGAGGAGGGCAUCAGUGAUAACCUUGUGAAGGAUUGUGAGAAGAUAAUGCUCUCAGAGUUCUCGGAGGUACAAGGGCAGCUUAAAGUUCUUUAUGAAGAAAGAUCUAAUUUGCUCGACACAUUAAGGCAAUUAGAGGCAGCUAAUAUUGAAUCUGAAACCUCUGGAUUUCAUGGAGAAUAUCAGUUGACGAAGCAUGAAUAUUCCAAUUUGGGGCAUGGAAAGUUCUCAGAAUGCAGAACUACAGAAUCAUCUGAUGAUGUAGAGAAGCAAGAGUUCGAGGAAGUUUCUCAUGAAGAUGGACCCUUGUUCUUUGAUACCAAAGAGUAUUUUACUGAAGCUGCAAUCGAUCAUGCAGAUAAUCUGAAAGAAAUUGAAAAUCAAUAUGGUAAUGUGGAAAAGAUGCAUGCUGAUGAAGGAGAUUGUGAUUCCAAAUAUCCUCAAAUUGAGAGACGGAAAAUGCUUCCUGAUCCAGUCGAAAAAGAGAAAGGGGUUAGCCUUUGGUCUAUGAUAAAAGACAAUGUGGGAAAGGAUCUCACACGAGUAUGUCUCCCUGUUUACUUCAAUGAACCAAUAUCAUCCCUUCAGAAAUGUUUUGAGGACCUAGAAUAUUCUUAUCUUUUGGACCGAGCAUACAAGUAUGGAAAAGAAGGUAACAGUAUCCAGAGAAUUCUUAAUGUUGCUGCAUUUGCUGUCUCCGGGUAUGCUUCCUCUGAAGGCCGACAUUGUAAGCCCUUCAAUCCAUUGCUAGGGGAAACUUAUGAAGCAGACUAUCCUGACAAAGGACUUCGUUUCUUCUCCGAGAAGGUUAGUCAUCACCCAACCCUUAUUGCCUGUCAUUGUGAAGGCCGAGGAUGGAAAUUCUGGGGUGACAGUAACCUCCGCACAAAGUUUUGGGGGCGUUCAAUUCAGCUCAACCCUGUUGGAGUUCUGACCGUAGAGUUUGAUGAUGGUGAAGUAUUUCAGUGGAGCAAGGUAACAACUAGUAUUUAUAACCUUAUCCUUGGUAAAAUAUAUUGCGAUCACCAUGGCUUGAUGCACAUUCAAGGGAAUCGCCAGUAUUCAUGCCAACUCAAAUUCAAAGAGCAAUCUAUUCUUGACCGGAACCCUCACCAGGUCCACGGGUUUGUUGAAGACCUUUCGAGUAGAAAAGUCGCAACAUUAUUUGGAAAAUGGGAUGUCAGCAUGUAUUACAUCAACGGUGAUAAAAGCCUCCUUGCAUGUUGUCUUUUCCGUCUUGCUUAUAUUAUUGCUUGA